AUGUCAAGAAAUUACUUAGCAAACAAUGAUUUAGGUUGGGCCAAAAAAAAAGGUGCCGACAGCCAUGCAACCCCAAGACCACAUAAACAAACUAAAAUGAGAGAAAUGGAAAAGAUUGAUACAGACCAAUUUCUCGUUCCACCAAAAGAAGCUUUCAAUUUAAGACUUGAUGGAGAUGUUAAAACUGGUGGUAAUAAGAAGUCAGAAAGAACUUCAGGUUUUAGAGGUAGAUAA